CACAUUACCAACUAGCGUACAAUACGCCAAAAUGACGACUCGCUCGAACCCUUCCCUGCCGCCUUCCCCCGGGUUCCGCUACUCGAGUACUACUGUAUUAUAGUACACCCAACAGCUUUGAACACAAGUACCGUAUGAUACCUUAACCAGGAACUUAGCAAGGAUUCUCCACAUUUCGAAUAAUUCGCCGUCACAAGCACGAGUGCCGGGAGAGGGGAAGACCGGGAAUUUUACUUGUGCGAUGGCGUUCAUGGAGAGUAUUGUGAAGUUUUAGCUGCGAUUUUAUGAUACCAGCACACAUUUGGACACCGGUAAUAGCCCAUCGAGUAUGGCAGAUUGGACGGGUAUCAUAGAUGAAGGGGCAGGGGAGAUCUGUACAGUACCACGUUGGGAGGGAGGAAAAAAAGGAAAGGAGAGGUCGCAUCAACACAGCGGCAGUCGAAAGAAGGAAAGGGGGGUGGGGAGGCUGGGUUGCUAAUAGCACAAUCCACACAAUUCAAUCCGGAAGUUAUCUCUCCAUCCACUACACACACCCACCCAGUCAAAAUGCACGCAGCACACACACACCAAAGAACGAGAGAGAAAAAGAGACAUUCUCCGCCGCCAAAAGCGUGACGCGCAACCAUUCAGCUUCUACCCUCCCUUUCUGCCUUCAGUUUCCGCACGCACGCAGCCGAACCAAGGGGGGGAAGAAAGGAAGGGGGAGAGGGUUUUAAAGAAAGAGAAUGACGAUGAACACUCAGUUCAUCUCCUCCCAUCCUCACCUUCAAAAAUGACAUCCAGAUUCUCAGCUUCGAGUGCUGCUACUGCGGCAACAGCAGCAGCAGCGCAGAGUCCGCUUGUUUAUCGGUCCACGGCUGAAGGCGGAGGAGUGCUAGGAGGUGGCGGUGGGGGCGGGAAUGGUAUGCGCUCUCCACGAAACAACAUGAACGGUGGAGCUUCAAGUGCUGGUACCCCGCGAAAGUGGCCUGCAGGCUCCCCACCGAUGAAUGCACCGCCAGAGUCACCGUUGCAGAGUACAAGUCGGAGGAAUUCGCUGCUGCCAGAGAAUCUCCAGGACGCUACAAAAGUGCUCGUUCCAUUACCGACGGACGCGGACUCAUCGCCCUGGCAUAACGUCCCGCUCGCGUUUGCACUCUUACCUGCCCUUGGAGGUAUACUCUUUACUGAUGGAAGUUACUUUUUCACGGAUGUUAUUCUUAUCUUCCUGGUGGCGGUGUUUUUGCAUUGGCUGGUUAAAUUUCCGUGGGAGUGGUAUGGCAGCUCUCAAGCCUUACGGUACGAGCGAGAUGCGUUUGAAGCCCUGGCGACGCCGGUGGAGUUCUUGAAGGAUGGCGAUGCACCGGAUGCGACGCGGUCCGCACAUGAAGAAAGGUUGAGGGCGGCUGCUGCUAGGGAAUUGCGGAUGAACGAGGUGUUAGCUCUUCUGGCUUGCUUUGUCGGUCCAUGUGUAGGGGGUUCGUUACUGCAUGCUAUCAGGUCGCAGUUGUCUAGGCCUAGCGAGGGGCUUGUGUCAAAUUUCAAUCUCACGAUAUUUGUUCUUGCAGCGGAGCUCAGGCCUGCGGCUCAAGUGGUCAAGUUGAUUCGGAAUAGGAGUUUAUAUCUUCAUUCGGUUGUGCAUCACCCACCGAUGACUAGGAUAGAUGCUUUGACAGCGAGGUUGGAAGAACUGAGUGCUGAAGUUCGAGAUCUCACAUUGAUGACGACCAAGGCUGUAGAUAGAGGUUCUCAUUUGGAUGCUUUGACGAGAGCGGUGCGCCGUUACGAAAAACGAGAGACGGUUCACUCUGCCCAAACGGAGAAUCGAAUCCUUGAGAUAGACAACCGUCUAAACGAUGUUCUUACCCUUACUGCUGCUGCUUCUGCUAGGCAAAACCACACCACCUUCUCGAUGAUCCUGUUCGAGUGGGCCUGUGCUGCGAUCGUCAUCCCGUUCUCGCUGACCUGGAAACUUAUCAGCCUGCCGGCCAAAGCUGUGGAAACUUUAGCGGGUUUCGGUAAAAACCAGAAAUUGCUGAAGAGUGGGCGUCGUCAGCAGCCAAGAUUGAAGGGUAGAUCGAAAAUGGGUAAAUCUAAAGAUGCGGGGGGUUGAGACAGAUGUUUGCCGGCUUGGUAGGGAAGGCUUAAUCAUGGAUUUUAUGGCCUAUAUGGGUAAUGAAGGAAACAUCUGUCGCACGUGCUAAUGAAGGAGAUGUUAUCAAGAUCGUUAGCGGGGGACCGUUAUUUAUCCUGGGGCGUUUGUUUGCUUUUUCCCACUGUUCCUCCUAUUUCAUUCUUUUCGUUUCCAUCACCACCUCCACUCACUAGGGUCACGAGAAAAAUUGAGAUGCGUAGCACAGCGCACUAGCAUAGGGGCUGUUUAACGUCAUAAUAUGAGAUGAUAAUAUUAUUAUCAUGAUGGGAGAUUUAUACUUCAAA